UUGCAAACGCUUACUACAGUGAACGGUCGUCUAAAUUAAACCGCAAAUUGAAAGACUUGCCGACACAUUAGCCCGCAUCGCAGAUGCUUUAUUUAUAAGGAGAACUAGUGAAAAGAGUUAACUCAUUACAUGUCGUUUUAAAUACGAGCAUAUUACCAGUGGCAUUCAAUGGCAUUCUAAGAUUGUUAUGACGAUAUAAAAAAGGCGAAGAAAACGCAUUAUAUAAAGAUCGAAUGAUUUAAAACGUUUCGCUACUCGCAACAAGAACAAGUGACUGCAAAGCCAUCCAAUCCAUAAUUAAGUUGGUUAAAUAAAAAUAAACGCAACACAAUUAUGCAACAAUUCUAUCAACAAUUAUUACUCUAAUGGAUGUACCCACAAAUACAGAAUUUACACAUAAGCCGAUAGCUGCGUCUUAUAAUACUAACAACGAUAAUAAAUGGGAUAAAUUGAAAAAGAGCAUUUUCUCACCAUGGUAUCGAGAAAUUUCCGUGGAGCCCACUAUGUUCCUGUAUAUGUUUGCAUUUAUGAUUACGACUGUAGUCGAGCAAGAUUUUUUUCUACAAAAGGCCUGCCGAGUUAAUAAUAAUUUUACAGAAGAGAUAUGCGAUCGCAUCAAAGAUAUUGAGAAUGCCGAAUACAAGAAACAAGUUCAAGUAACGACUGCGAAAUUUUAUCAAUACGAGAGUAUAGCGGGUCAUGUUUUCCCAAUCGUUUUGGCUUUAUUUUUGGGCUCAUUUUCGGAUCGUAGAGGGCGAAAAUUGCCCUUGUUAAUGGGCUUAUGUGGUAAAUUCAUUUAUUCCGUGAUGAUAGUGGUUAACGCGAAUAUGAAAACGUGGCCAUUGGAAUAUGUUAUAUUAACGGCAACGUUACCAUCGGCAUUAACUGGGGCAGAUGUUGCUAUAUUUGCUUCUUGUUUCGCUUACAUAUCGGAUAUAUCGACUUUAAAGAAUCGCACAAUGAGGGUAACGAUUUUGGAAGUUUGCUAUUUAAGCGCAAUGCCCACCGGAGUGGCCUUGGGUUCAUAUCUUUUUUAUAAUCAUUUCAAUAGGUCUUAUGGGACUAUGUUCGCAUUAAAUGCUUCCCUCUUGGCAAUUUCGAUUAUCUAUACUGUGCUAGUGUUAAAGUGGCAAACUACCGAAAAACAGCGUUCUUUAAAAGAAUUAAGUUGUUGUGGCUUUAUUAUUGAUUUCUUUGAUAAGCAACACGUUCAGGAUUCGUUCGGGGUUUUAAUGAAAUCCCGACCCGGCUAUCGUCGCUGCUUUUUAAUUAUUUUACUUAUAUCGAUGGCUUUGUAUACUUUUCAAAGAGACGAAAAUCAAUAUUUAUUCUUAUACGCCACAUUUAAAUUCAAUUGGGGCGUCGAUGUUUACAGUGUAUUCAAAACAUUUAAAUCUUCAGCUUAUGUCAUAGCCAUGCUGAUAGCAGUACCCUUAAUGAAUAAAUUCUUUAACUGGAGAGAUACCACGAUAGUGUUUAUAGGGGCUUGGGCCCACGCUAUAGCUCGUUUAUUUUAUUAUUUCGCAACUACUGGUACCUUAUUCUAUGUGGGAGCUGUUAUUUGCGGUUUAGGUCCGAUAGUGGGACCUAUGAUACGAGCAAUGACCUCAAAAAUAGUACCGCAAUCGGAACGUGGUAAAGUGUUUGCUUUACUCUCAGUUUGCGAUAAUGCCGUGCCCUUUAUAAGCGGUAUUUGCUAUUCUCAAGUCUAUCGCGCUACACUGAAUGAGGACGGCAAAGGUGGCGGUGGCGUUUUUCUUUUAACCAUCGUUACACAACUGACCGUUUUCUUCUUAACCCUUUGUAUUCACAUAACGUUGGGUAAUCAAAGCAUCGCAGUAGCAGAGACAACGGAAAAUGAGGAAGCAAUCGUUCGAAAUGCAUCCGUAAUUGCGAAUAAUGAUACGCUCUUCCAACAGUAAUUUAAUGCAAAGUUUCCAAGAUUUCUUUAAAUUGUAAUUAAUUUAAGUUAGAAUAUAUUAAUAUAUAAUAUA